GAGCGAGCUGCCCCAGCCCACACGCGCACUCCCACUUCGCUCUCGCUCGCUUAAAUGCCCCAGACCUAAUCAUUCCUACCCCCUCUCGCUUCCUCUCUCUCCCACCCAACCCCACCCCCACCCAUGGCGAUCUCCGACCUCGGCUGAGAAUGCGGCGGCUUUGAUGGGAUGGGCUUCCGGUGGGAGGAUUUGCUGUGAGGACGGAUAACUAGGUUUUCGCUUUCCUUUUGGACGCGGGGGAGAUCGAUGAGCUCCUCCUCGGGGGCCAGCAUCGGCGCCCAGCCGCCGCCGCCGCCGCCCGCUGCGCCGCCGGAGGAAGAGAAGAAGAACCUCAACUCGGAGCUGUGGCACGCCUGCGCCGGCCCGCUCGUCUGCCUCCCCACCCUCGGCACGCGGGUCGUAUACUUCCCGCAGGGACACAGCGAGCAGGUGGCGGCGUCCACCAACAAGGAGGUGGAGGGGCACAUCCCAAACUACCCCAACCUGCCGCCGCAGCUCAUCUGCCAGCUCCACGAUGUCACCAUGCAUGCUGAUGUGGAGACGGACGAAGUGUACGCGCAGAUGACGCUGCAGCCGCUCAACCCGCAAGAGCAGAACGACGCCUACCUGCCGGCCGAGAUGGGGAUCAUGAGCAAGCAGCCCACCAACUACUUCUGCAAGACGCUCACGGCCAGCGACACCAGCACGCACGGCGGCUUCUCCGUGCCGCGCCGUGCCGCCGAGCGCGUCUUCCCUCCUCUGGAUUUCACGCAGCAGCCUCCUGCGCAGGAGCUAAUUGCGAGGGACAUCCAUGAUAACGAGUGGAAGUUCAGGCACAUCUUCCGAGGCCAACCCAAAAGACACCUGUUAACUACUGGCUGGAGUGUGUUUGUCAGCGCUAAGAGACUUGUUGCUGGAGACUCGGUGCUUUUCAUAUGGAAUGAGAAAAACCAGCUUUGGCUGGGAAUCAGGCGUGCCAGCCGGACACAGACUGUGAUGCCUUCCUCUGUUCUUUCGAGUGACAGCAUGCACAUUGGGCUCCUUGCAGCCGCAGCUCAUGCUGCUUCCACAAACAGCCGCUUCACUAUUUUCUACAAUCCCAGGGCAUGUCCAUCAGAAUUCGUCAUACCACUUUCCAAGUACAUCAAGGCUGUUUUUCACACACGGAUAUCGGUGGGUAUGCGGUUCAGGAUGCUCUUUGAGACUGAGGAAUCUAGUGUCCGCAGGUACAUGGGCACAAUAACAGAAGUAAGUGAUGCCGAUCCAGUGCGUUGGGCUAGUUCCUACUGGAGAUCGGUUAAGGUUGGUUGGGAUGAAUCAACUGCAGGGGAAAGACCACCUAGAGUUUCUUUAUGGGAAAUUGAACCGUUGACAACAUUUCCUAUGUAUCCAUCACUGUUCCCACUGAGGGUUAAGCAUCCUUGGUAUUCUGGAGUUGCCGGCCUUCAUGAUGACAGCAAUGCUUUGAUGUGGCUGAGAGGAGUUGCUGGCGAUGGAGGUUAUCAGUCUUUGAACUUCCAGUCACCUGGUAUAGGCUCCUGGGGACAGCAGAGGCUCCAUCCUUCUUUGCUGAGUACUGACCAUGAUCAGUACCAAGCAGCGGUAGCUGCUGCUGCUGCCGCCUCCCAGUCUGGUGGUUAUCUGAAACAGCAAUACCUAAACCUUCAGCAGCCUACGCAGUCGCCUCAAGAACACUGCAACCUCAACCCGCUGUUGCAGCAACAAAUCUUGCAGCAAGCAAGCCAACAGCAAACAGUUAGUGCUGAGAACCAAAAUAUUCAGGCAAUGCUGAACUCAAGUGCUAUCCAGCACCAACUUCAACAACUACAGCAAAUGCAGCAGGCUCACAUUGAUCAGAAGCAGAAGAUUCGAUCAGAUCAGACAUAUCAAAUUCCUACUAUUGCUUCUCUCCCAAGUCCAACAUCAUUACCAAGUCAUCUGCGUGAAAAAUUUGGCUUCUCUGAUCCUGUGACUUCGCCAAGCUUCACCACUUCUAGCAGCAGUGAUAACAUGCUGGAAUCGAACUUUCUUCAGGGAAAUUCGAAAGCUGUGGACUUGUCUAGGUUCAAUCAGCCUGCAGUUAGUGAGCAGCAGCAGCAACAACAGCAGCAGGCUUGGAAGCAAAAGUUUAUGGGUUCACAAUCACUGUCUUUUGGGGGCUCGGGUUUGCUUAACUCACCCACAAGUAAAGAUAGUUCCCUUGAGAACAAAAUUGGUUCUGAUGCGCAAAACCAGUCCCUUUUUAGUCCUCAAGCCGAAAAUUCCUCCCUACUGUACAACAUGGUACCUAACCUGACUUCGAAUGUUGCUGAUAAUAACAUGUCGACGAUUCCUUCUGGAUCUACAUAUGUGCAAAGUCCAAUGUAUGGUUGCUUGGACGACUCUUCUGGUAUAUUUCAGAAUACAGGAGAGAAUGACCCAUCAAGCAGAACAUUUGUGAAGGUUUAUAAGUCAGGAUCAGUGGGGAGGUCGUUGGACAUCACCCGGUUCUCUAAUUAUGCUGAGCUAAGAGAAGAACUGGGUCAGAUGUUCGGCAUUAGGGGUCAGUUGGAUGACCCUGAUAGAUCAGGCUGGCAGCUUGUAUUCGUCGACAGGGAGAAUGAUGUGCUUCUCCUUGGAGACGACCCUUGGGAGUCAUUUGUGAAUAGUGUAUGGUACAUCAAGAUACUUUCACCAGAGGAUGUGCAUAAGUUGGGGAAGCAAGGAAAUGAUCCACGUUAUCUUUCCUAAGUGCAAAACCAUGGUGCUGUUUCUGGGUCCAGCGAGGAUUCUCUACAGCACAUGGCAGCACUUUUGCUCUCAACAGCACAAGUCUCCGGAACUUCAAUCAUCCCAUCUUCGUACCUGUCUCCUGCGUCCGUACACGUCUGGAGAACUCCCCGUCCGUUACCUAUCUUCGGUGCCCUGCACCGACGUCACGAAUUCGUAUUUCUGUAGGUUCCGCGUAGGAAUCAGUAUCCGGUUGAACUCUAUGCUAGACCAUUUGCAACUCAGCACGGCAGUUCAUUUGCGUGCUGUGUCGAAUCUUCAAAGACUAUUGUUAGUCGGUAAACUCUUGUCGUGAUCUAUGUAUUCGAGACUCCUAGGCACUCUUUCCACGAAGAACAGCAAUAAUUUGAAUGCAGGAGGAUUGCUUUAA